AUGACAGACACAUCUGUCAUCGACCCAUCCUCAACGCCCUCGACACCGGCCACAGGUGCCUCCACGCCCAGCGUGAGCAGCGUCCUCAACCAUCGAGCCGUCAAGGCCGUGUCUGCAGCCCUCCGUGAUGCUGAGGUCACCAACGUUGACACGCUUGUCCGCAUCCUGCCUGACACAGCACCAACAGCCGCCACCGCUGCCGCUCAACUGGGCUGCCCAGUGUCUGCGAUCGCCAACUCGCUCAUCUUCGAGGUCGGCGGCGAGGCGUUGCUUGUGCUGACCAGCGGCGGUCACCGCGUCGACACCAAGGCUCUGGCUUCCCGACUGGGCCUUGCCUCGGCCAAAGCGAUCAAGCGAGCGAAACCCGAGUUUGUCAAGACCAAGACGGGCCAGGCAAUCGGCGGCGUCGCACCUGUGGGACACUUGGAGCGGGUGCGCACGUUGGUGGAUGAGGAGCUGGCGAGUUACCCGGAAAUCUGGGCCGCAGCAGGCCACCACCAGGCCGUCUUUCCGAUUGAUUUUGAGACGCUUGUGCGCGUCACCCAGGGAGAAGUGGUGAAAGUGGACUAG